UCCCAGCUCUUACAGUGUCUAGUUUCGGAUCAAUGUUUGCAUGGGUUGGUCCUUUUUAAAUCACAUUUUUAUUCUUUUUUAUAAGCGUACAUAAAGGAUUCACGCGCACGUUUUUCAGUAAUAUUUACACGUGUCUGACGAGAUACAGAACACGUGAGAAUUUGUAAAUUUUACGUAAACAUGUUAAUUGAUGUUAAUGACAAUAUAGCGAACAUGACCUAUGGAAAGAUUUCUGGUCUGGGAAGAAAUUAAUCGCCUAUCUUAGUUAUCAGCAUGUAUUAAAGUAUUUUUUAUUGUAAAAUUAUCAUGAUAUAUCAUCUAUUGUCAUUAAUGCAUUAUUGUAAAUCAAAGUGAAAACUGUUUAAGCUUUAUAAUGAGACCUUUUAAUUUUGAUUUGUCGAGUCCACCCAUCCGGGCCCCGAUAUAGGGCAGUAUAUAUAAGGCAAAUGGACAUACCUUGCUAGUAGGUACAUGCACAUGUAAUUUAUGACACAUAAAUUUGCGACAUGAAAUUUGCUGCAGUUAUUCUCGGAAUUGCUCUAUGCUUUCCCUCUGCUUAUGGACAAGUGACGAGUCCUGGUUUUUGUCCGAACAUCCCCACUGUGAAACGCUACAAUGUCGGCCACUAUGUUGGAACAUGGUAUGAAUACGAGCGGUUCUUCCUGGCCGCACAGGACGGGAUCACGUGUUCACAAGCAAGCUAUAGUCUGAACCGAGACGCUUCUAUCAAUGUUGUUAACACAGGAGUCAGGGAAAGAACUGGUGAACCAACAAGCAUAGAGGGCGUUGCUAGAGCCGUGAACCCACGUGAUCCUGCGAGACUAUUUGUCUCCUUCUUUCCUUCCCAACCCGUGGAUCCUAACGGAAACUACUGGGUCGUGAAAACGGAUUAUAAUCAUUUUGCCGUGGUGUAUUCCUGUAGGCAACGAGGGCUAUAUAAAUCCGAAAACGCUUAUAUUCUCUUACGAGAGCCAAGGACACCUAGCAACGGACUACGAAAACAUUUAUACAGAUUCCUCUUGAGUUACGGAAUAAACCCGAGGAACUUCAUUCGGACGAAUUUCCGGAAAUGUCUGCCGUCUUUAUCUGAUAUAUACAUGCACUAAACUUCUAACGAAUCGGAUAUUUUUCACUCUGUGAUCGGGUUCUUCAAUGUGUUUUAUUAUACGAGUAUAUGUACUUGAAUAUCAAGAAGUGACCAGCAUCAUGAAUUCAAGACUUAAUGUCAGAGAUGAAAAUGAAAGGACCUCCCCACUUUAGCUGUGAUGUACGGUUCAUGAAGAUUUAGUAAACAUCGAAGUUUGAAUUAUGCAAUUCACUAUGACCCAAGAUGUUCGUUAAUACUUACACUUAGAAGUUUAAUUGGUUUUUUUUACUGACAAGUUUGUUAACAUUUAGAGCUUUUGAAAUCGCGUUUGUCUGCUAUUGUUAUUCAUCGAAUGACUGGUAUCUAAGGCCUUUCUUUAUAUCGAGCACAAAGUUGUUCAGAUUUCUCUUUUCUAUUAUACCGGUAAGUCUUUUAUGUAAUAAAGAAAAUUAUAUCAAAAAGACAGGACUGGGCAACCUUGUGCUGGUGAUGAAAUUCAUAAAAAUAAAUACAAUGAAAUCUACAAA